AUGGCAGAGGUACUAGGCUUGGUCGCCAGUGUCGUGCAGUUGGCCGGUGCAGGUUUGAAGCUGUCACAGGCGCUGUACCAGUAUGCUGAUGGAGUGGCUACUGCCGAUCGCAGAAUCAAGAAUAUCGCAAACGAGGUUAAACUUACAAGCUUCGUCAUCCAAGAGCUAGCGGAUAUUUUUAAACAAGAUGAGACGGCAAACCUGAUUUCGGAAAAUGCAGUCAAGACGGCGAAUGAGACUAUCAAAGAGUGCUCUGUAGUGUUUACGGAGCUCGAGGUGAUAAUCAACAAGAACAAGACAGGGAAGAUGGGCCGGUUGAUGCUACCUUUUCGGGACAACAAGAUCGAACUCCUGCGAAGCCAGAUCGAUAAGCUCAAGAGUACAUUGGAGUUGCUGAUGCAGGUACUCAUUUUUGCCCAACAAAGCUCGUCAAACAAGCUGAGCCGCGAGGCCGAAGCAAAGCAACGGGAAGAUAUAAAGCAACUGCUUGAGAUCAAGAAACAAUCUACCAAGAAGUACAAGGAGUCGCUGAGAAAAUCCAGUGUCAGCGAUGACGGUACUGCUGUAGAUGACGGGGAACGAUCGCUAUGGGAAGAAGACGGAUCGGUCUCGUCUUCUAACCUCUUCAAGGCUGCUUCAGCUAUCAGCUCCACGAUCAACCCGGAGACGCUUGCGACAUGUGUAAAUCACGUCCGAAGCCUGUUGGAAGAUAUCGAGACCUUACAGCUCGCUCUGGCUAACAAAAUAGAGGGAGACGAUCAUUCGGAUCAUCAUCAAAGGGCUGUUGGGUCUUACUUCCUCGCUCGCUCCCAUCUCGAUAACGUCCUACUUGGGAAUUCGAAGGCCAGCAUACCUCAAGCGCGAUCUCAACAACAUGCCAGUAUUCAAGAGACCAGGAGUUUUGCGUCCGAGAAGGAACAAUCUAUCCUGAUUCGAGAUCGCGAGAGGAGUCUUCCUCCCCCAACACGCGACCACGGCGACCUGACCGCUAGAGAACGCGACAUGUUCGUCAUCCGCCGUCCACGCGCCGAAUCUCCCCCUCAGAGCAACCAAGAGAUCAUACGAGACGAAAUCAUCAUCAGACGCAAGGGGGAGCGAGCACUCACUCCUUCUCCCUCUCCAUCCCCGCCUCCUCCUCCUCCUCCUCCUCCUCCUCCUCCUCCUCCUCCUCCUCCUCCACCACCACCGCCGCCGCCAGCCCCUAAGCCAGAGAUCCGUCUUCCCAUCAUCCAGGAGAUCACCACACGUCACGGACACAUUGGCCAUUGGCAAGAAGACUUUCGACGAAGAGAGGGACUUAGUGCUUCUCCAAGCGGUGACGAAUCUUCCAACCGGCAUCGAAGUCCAUCGCUUCAGCCAUCACAAUCAAACCGUAAUAGAUCUCGUACACCAUCAAGUUCAUACCUGGUAGAAGAGCGCCGACCAUCUACGUCUAGUAUAGUCACUCAUCAGAUUACUCCACGUCUUGAAAAGCAAAGCGCUGAGAUGUAUCUAGCGGAUCCAUUGAAAUCAGAUCAGAGGCAUCAGAGUCCACCUGGAAUGCGCGGAUAUCGUCAGAGGGUAUCGUCACAGCCUCCCGUUACACUUACCGCCGAACGCUAUGAGCAGCUGCCAAGUACACGCUUCGAGCUAGGGAGAGCGGAAGCAAGGGCGAAAGAAAGAGGGGAGACCGAAGCGACAUAUAGCAAAACCAACAGCCAUGCUUCAAGCACAACCUUCGAGGAUCCAGCCGGUGGUAACGUUGAUGCAGACCCCAACGUCUUCGAUUUUGACCUCAAUUUUGGCGACGACGCAGGCGUUCUCGAAAACUUCGACUUCGACUCAUUUCUGCAUACAAGCAACGACAACGGGAACGUGGACGAAGUGGACAAGUUGCUAAGGGAAUGGACUACCGUGCUCGGAUAA